ACAACUUCGCGCAGAAUUUCUUCUCAACCUCCUCGAACUCCCCAUCGAUUCACAAACAACCACAUUCUGCGUUCCGCUCCCUCGCCAGCACACACCAACCGCUCCUAGCUGCUACUACUACCCUUAUCUCUAUCGCCAGUUUAGCUCGCGCCCAAGUGUCCCUUCUCCAACGCCUCCGAUCCUGCGCCGCCGCCCGCCCUCGCCUCCCGCUCUUCCGACUGCCUAAACCACAGCUUCACGCCCCUGUGCGCAUCCUCUAUCGAACCCCUCGCGACAUUCAGAUAUCCGACCGCCGUCUCUCCGUCUCGCUCUACCGCGCCGUCCACGACCCGUUCCCAGUCGUUUCCUUCUUCCUGGCCCUCGCGAAACCCCAUUCGAGGUGCCCCGUUGCCCGACGUCAAGCCCGUUCGUUAGAGAAGAGGCGAUCGCAAGCCAGUCUUAAUGGAUAAUAAUCUAUGGACCCGUCGCACAAACUCCGGCAAGCUUUCCCUCUCGACCUCAUCGAAUGGGCCCAACGGCUCCUCCAUCGGUGAUUCGUCCCGUGCCGCCCCCUUCUCCCGCCGCCAUGGCGGUGACACGUCGUCGCACGGCGGCAAAGCCAGCCCCUUCAAUACGCCGGGCGCGGGUUUGACAUCUCCCACAGGGGGCGCCUCGAGCGCCUUUGGCCUUGGCUCUGGCGCAUUCGCGUCGUUUGGGUCUGCCAAAACGCCCAAGACGGCCGGCAAUCCCUUCGACAGCGCUAUGGGCUCGGCCGUUGCCAAGUCCGGCGCCAUCAAGGACGGUCCAAGACCAGUCGGCAGGGCGCCCAGCAUGGCCGCCAUCUCCGAGACCAAGGCGUCUGCCCCUUUGAGAGCCGCCGAGGUGCACCCGCUGAAAGACGCGUGGUCCUUUUGGUACCGUCCUCCGAUCUCCAAGGCGCACGGCUUCAUCGAGUACGAGAACACGCUCCACGGGAUCGCCACCGUCAAGACUGCGGAGGAGUUUUGGGAGAUUUACAGGCACCUUAAGCGGCCCUCCACUCUGCCCGUGGUGUCCGACUACCACCUGUUCAAGAAGGACAUACGGCCCGUCUGGGAGGAUGAGGUCAAUCGCAAGGGAGGCAAGUGGGUCGUGCGCAUGAAGAAGGGCGUGGCAGACCGCUACUGGGAGGAUUUGCUUCUAGCCCUCGUUGGCGAUCAGUUUGGCGACGCGUCCGAGGAUGUCUGCGGCGCCGUCCUGAGCAUGCGGAAUGGUGAGGACAUCCUCAGCAUCUGGACCCGCACGGACGGCGGCCGCGUCCUCAAGAUUCGCGAAAUCAUGAAGCACGUGCUCAAUUUUCCUCAAAAUACCCGAGUCGAGUUCAAGAGCCAUGACUCCAGUAUUCAACAGCGAAGCGCCAUCGACGAGCAACGCCGCGAGAAGGCCAGUCAGACUCAGUCCGAGAAACGCCAAUCGUCUGGCGGCCAGAGGAUGCCUCAGGACUAGGAACAAGGAGGAUUGUGGCAAGCUUUCUUAAAGGGCUCGACUCGCGCUAAGAAACCCAGGGCCUCUUGAAGCAAAAACCUUUUGUUGUACACUAUAUAGGCAGGAGCAGUUGGGUCGACUGUGGCGGGAGAACGGUCCGCCAUGAAUGGGCCAGAUCUGCUGUUGUUGAUUUGGUUGUCCCUUGCUCUGAACCCCUUCGACCUGUUUGCUUGGAUGGGCACCAAGGGGGAAGUCAAGGUUCUUCGGCUGCGAGGGGAACGUUGAAGUGAUUUCCUCGCGCCACCCUACCUGGAAACGGAGGGUAGCCCGAGCAGCGAGUGGGAUGUAACGUGCAAAUGUAUGUACCAUAGCUUAUGAGUUUGGUUUGGCCUCUGGGGCGCGCAGCGGGGCGGACGAUGUGGGAAGAGGGAAGCGCUUUGCUGUUGCGUACUGGAGUAGCGAAUCCAAGAGGCUUUACCGGCUCGGAAGCACGGAUGCGGUGGUCGCGUGCCCAUCAUGAUGUAGGAUUGAAGUCGACCAUCAUGUCUGCAUUAACGUAUAUUUUUCCCGGGACACGUUAUGGUACAACAGGUUCGCCUUGCGGGGUGGGGGCGGGCGCCGGCUUUGGCUCUAUCCAGAGAGGCUCCCAACCCCCUUUCCCCCCAUUCCCUUUUUCC